AGCGCCAUAAAACACAAGAAUAAGCAGCAAUAUGGCGAUCUCCAGUGAAUGCAUGGAGAAUCUUAUUGGGACGUUUCGUGAGUCGUUAAAACAGCAAGGUUUUGAAAUUUAUCCUUUUAAGGUUGGCUGGUACAAUGCAGUGGUAUCUCAUGCUCAUCACCUGCCAUACCCAGCAGACACUCUGGCUGUAGUGGUCCUGAGCACACCGGCCAUGUUCGAGCGCUCAUUCCUACCCUUCUUACAGAGCCAGUGCUGUGAGGCUGUCAGAGACCCCAUAGAUCAGUGUACUGCUCACACAAUCUCAUCUUCUGUCUCCCUGUGUUUUCCAAAUCAGUCUGUGGAUGUCAGUUAUGAUUAUGAGAUGCUGCCCAGCAGAAAACCUAAGUUUCUUGCCCAGACCGCCGCCCACAUAUCAGGAGCAGCAUAUUACUACCGGAAGUCAGAUGUCCACAAUCCACCAUGGGGUGAUAAGAAGAUGUUUGGAGUUUGUAUACACCCCAAGCUGGGUGGCUGGUUUGCUAUAAGAGCCCUGCUGGUCUUUAAAGAUGUGCAAAUCGGAGAAGAACUUCAGCAGAAAGAUCCUCCAGACUGUGUGCAUUCACAGGAGGACAGGAUCAAACUGCUGGAGCGCUUUAACUUCCACUGGCAAGAUUGGAGCUACAGGGACAUUGUUCCCGCAGAUGAAAGUUACUGUCCUAAACAGAGAGAGUAUUUCCUGACUCCUCCAGGACAGCGGGGGGGAGCUGCUCAGACAGUGGGGAUAUCUGACUGACACUGACACUGGGAAGCAGAGCUCCAUAAACAAAGAUGUACACUGCUGACCUAUUUUGAAUGACGUAAAAUGUAUUAAGACAUUGUGAACAUGAACAUGAUGUCUCACAUUCUACUCAGGUAUCACUGGGACUGAUAAGUCAGUACAGAGAACAUGUUUGAAAUGGUGUCACUACUGUAAUUUCACCUACUUAUAUUUAAUUUUAAUAAAUUUUAAAUGAAUAAAAUGAAGAUAAUUAGGAGCAAGUAUUUUAUCAUGGAAAAGUACACCCUUCAGCAUUCAAGGGGUCUUGACAUUCGUCUUUUUUAUGAUUAAUUUUGGAAUUGGUUGGACAGAAAAUAAUCAGAUGUAAUUUGUAACAAAACACUUUGAGAGAUUGUAGUUUUGUGUAUUUAAAAUACAUAGAUACUUAAUCAUAUGUUUUUUUUUUCUUAAAGAGGACAUCAGAUGCAAAAUUCACUUUUACAUGGUGUUUGCAUAUAAAUGUGUCUAAGGAGUAUGUACACAACCACCCUACAAUGAUAAAAAUCCAUUACCUUUUUUGAAUCCCUAGAAAAUCUAAACAGUCUCAAUUAUCAAGCAGUUUCGAUUGUCUGACAAAUAUGACGUCAUACUGCUCAGGCCCUGCCCAUGACGGCUUACACAGCAAAAAGCCCAGUGUUAAAUUAACUCUCCUGGGAGUUUAUAAGUCCACGCUCAAAAU